GCCUCCAGUGUCUCGCGGUUCAUCGAUCAGUGUGGUGUGUGUCGCGUUGUUGUUCCGGAGGAUUUUUUUUAGUGAUUUGUUCCUACGUUCGGCUUGCGCUACGUUAACGCGGAUUCUUCGCGGCCACUCGACCCGGAAUUCGUGCGCGUGCAUAAAGCCGGGCACCGCGAACGGGGCCCAUCGAGAUUACGGGAUAAAAAUGCGACUAAGGAUACACUGGAUUCUGGUGAGCACGGCUGUGGUGAUCCUCGCGGGAUGCAACGCCGCUACCGAGAAGGAGCAGACCGACACCAAGCAAAGGACGUCGGCGAGCUCGACUUACAAUACUUUCCCGGACGAUUUGUACUUGGAUGACCAGGACAUAGAAGGCUCCGGUCGAGGGGGCAGUGAUAAUCGCGACGACCUCGAGGCUUCGGGCAGUGGCCUUGGCCCUGAUGACGAGGACGGAGACGACGAUCACGAGUUCAACGGUAAUAAUGGAUUAGAGAUCCCGAGCAAGCCGACCGAAGCGAGACCUCCAUACUUUAUCGAUGAGACAAACGUCAAAACUAAACAACAGACGACUAUCGACGCGGUAAACCGACCCGGCAACGAGGUCGAUGUAAUCGAACCCUCGGGCACGGAAGACGAUCACGCUGACAAUACCGACGAGAUCCACGAAGUCUAUAUAAUGAAUCCGAAACACGAGGACCGUGCCAGCUCAUUCUUCGCACAGCCAGGUGUACUAGCCGCUGUGAUUGGCGGCGCGGUAGUGGGCCUUCUCUGCGCGAUACUGGUUGUCAUGUUUAUCGUGUACCGGAUGCGUAAGAAGGACGAGGGCUCGUACGCCCUAGACGAGCCGAGGAGAUCACCCGCGGCGCAGGCCUUCCCCAAGCCGGGCGCGCCCCACCACAAUCGGGAGUUCUACGCUUGAGGCGACGGCGGCGCGAUGAUGACGACCUCGCCGAUUCCUCUCGCGAUCUCACGAUGCCAAGCCGAGUAAAGACCACCGACGAUCGACAACGCCCGCAUUCGGAAUCCCGCUGGUCGAUGGUGAAAAAAAGAACGAUUACUUCGGCGAACCGCAUGGCGCGCGCGCGCCCAUAGACUCUCCCGCAAUGCCGGGGCUUUUAUCGAGGAACGUCGCUCGUGGAACGUCGGCCGAUUCUCGCGGAUUCUCCUUCGGCACCUACCGAUAUUCGCUUGCUCUUAGCUCUGUAGCUCACUCCCGUUACAACAUAUCCCAAUCUACCUAUCUACCUAUCUACCCUAUAUAUCCAUAUAUCCUUUGCGUUCUCCUCCCUUUCGGGAGGUAAUUUUUCACGAUUCUCCCCCGGAGCUUCCCUUUUGACAUUUAGGCUCGCGACGACGACGAUGACGACGACGUUCGCGCGUACGCUUCUCGGCUGCCCGAACUCUUCUUGACUGUCGGAGACUGUAUUUUCUUACGCGCUGUAUUUCAUCGUAUUUUCGAAAGAAAAGGGCGCACGCGAGUAAGAGAGUUUAAGGCAAGGCCAAUUCGCGGCUUUCUCGACCGACAGACCAUUCACCAAACGCCGAAUUUUUUCAGCUUGACGUUCCGAUUCACCCUUUAUAGCACUCUGUACAGAGAUUUUCCCUUCCGUUAUAUCCUGAUUUUAACCGCACUCGCUAUCCUUCUCCGAAGAUCCUUUUCGGAGUGUAAUCAUCCCGGCUGGUGAUUGGAAGCGACGGACAGUGAACGACGAGACUGUGGCCCUCGUAUAUAUCCUGUCGAGACAUCGUCGGCGAGGUUGCACCAAUUCCAAGAUGCAUUUACAAGCGUAUUUAGAACGUGUAUAAAUAUAUAUAUAUAUAUAU